AUGCCAAUUCGAAACUUUGAGAGAGAGCUUAACAACCGGCACCUCAUUAAGAAAUACGGUCUGUCAAUCCUUAAGAAUGCCACAAUAGGAAUUGACGGAGCUUGGUUUGUGAGGAAGUAUACCCCAAUAAAUAAGACAAAAAGCAUUCUAAUGGACGGUUUUUGCGCUGAGGUUAUAUCUUCUGUGCAGAGUCUGGUGGAGUCAAUGGACCAAAUAGGAUGCAGAAUAGUGUGGAUAUGGAAUGGAAUAUCGCCCAAACUAAAGGCUAGAAAAGCCCCAGAGAAAAGAAGAAUGGAGUCUGUGCAGAAUGGCUGGAAAUAUUAUAGAGACAAUGAGCUUGAGUUGGCUGCAAAAUCAUGGAAUGUGGCUUUUGACUAUGAAGAAGUAAAGAAUGCGAUUAAUCCCAUUCUAUCGCAGGGAAAGGUAGAAAUAGUAAAUGCACCAUACUUGGCUGCAGCACAGGGUGCUUAUAUGGAAAAGCGGGCAUACAUCUCAAUGUUUUUCGGAUCUACUGACUAUUUCCUGUUCUCUGGCGCGGAAGAGUUAAUUAUUGAUUUUGAAUUUACUCCUACCAAUGAAAACAAGAAAGUGACUGGCAUCCAGCACGCGACGCUUUCCAGCGCCUGUGAGGAGUAUUGCAUCACACGAGAGUGUGCUUGUGAUAUAUUCCUUCUUCUUGGGUGCGAGUAUUGCCCAACCAUCCCGAUCCACAGCCUAGUAUUUAAAUUUUCUACAAUAAUUAAAAGCUACAAGCUAGUAUCUGUUCCUGAAAAACUUCUUAAAAUGAAGGAAUCUGCUACUGGAGAAAAAGAAGACACUAUUAAAACAUUUGUCGAAACAUACUUUGAGGCUAGAAAGUCAAUUAAGCACCACCCCGUUCUAAAUGAGAAAGGUGAGCUUGUGCUUCUAUCUGAAGUAGAUGUACCAAAUGAUUUAAACACUAUAUUUGGAAAAAGAAUAGCCGACGCAUUUUAUUCUCUCUUUUUCCGAAGGAUUAUCUCCUUAGAGUAUAUCACAGGACUGGUCAUGGGAGGGGUUGAUGUUAUAUGCAGCCCUGCUAUUUUUGAGGCCAUCCAUCCAUUGAUAGCCUCACUUUACAGAGCCACCCCGCUCUUCCCCUCUGGAUUAAUGCCUUUGCCUUCCACCAGCACAGAUAUAAACACAGAGUGCAAGUUAAGCUCUUCUGAAGAGACCUUUGAAAAAGCAACUGCUCCGAUUGAUGAGCUGCUAAACUACUCUUUGAAGCAAUCAUCUGAUCUGCCACUGGCCCUGCAGUGGCUAAUUAUUCUGCUUGACCGAGCAGACAGCUCCAUGCUUGAUAAAGUGUUUCUCUUUAAUUCAGUUCAUUUAGAGAUAGAAAACUCUGAUGAAAUAGACUGGGAGGUGUUUGAGUGCGGAGAAAGUUUUAAGUUUGCUUUGUCAACUGUCAAAAACAAGCUAAAAUUAGAUAAGCCAGAAAGAGCAAUAGACUCUGUCAGUAUAAACUAUGCCAAUGGAUGGAGAAUGGAGGAAAUCCUUGUUCUAUGCAGAAAAAAGAAGAUAAAUAUGCUCUCUCCAGAUCAGAUUGGCUUAAUAGAGAAAAAUCUCGAUUAUAUUACAAAGCUACAAAAAUUCUUCUCUGAUAAUGUUAACUCAGCCCGACACAAAAGAGAGCUGGAUAUUUUAGUAAAGUGCAUAAAAGGUGAGCCGUGCCCAAUAUAAGACAUUUGUCCUCUGAAAAUCCCGGGCAAGUACACCAAAAAUCUAAAAAAUACAAAAAUAUCCGAAAAUCCAUAGGGCCGCACAUACAAUGGCAUUGCAUGGAAUAUAAAAUAAACUCUCGC